AUGUCACCUCUGCCAUUACGAAGUUGCACCGUUGUUGGGAGGUCAUUUUUCCCGAUUGGUCUGGGUGAAAAAAGUGAGAUUGGUAAUGGUCUAGAAUGCUGGAAGGGAUUCUACCAGUCUCUACGCCCAACGCAGAUGGGAAUGUCUCUUAACAUGGAUGUUUCAGUUACCGCCUUCUACGAGCCGAUUCUUGCAGUUGAUUUUGUUGCAAAACUAUUAAAUCUAGGAGAUCCAACGAGGGCAGCUACCAGGCUUUUGUCAGAUAGUGAUCAAGUAAAGUUGAGAAAAGCUCUGAGAGGAGUCAGAGUAAAAGUUACCCAUGGAGAGGAGAAGCAUUACAAAAUCACUGGAAUAUCUCCUUCACCAACAAACAAACUCAGGUUUGCUGCUGAAGAUGGAAAACAAAAAUCUGUUGUCCAGUACUUCCUGGACAAGUACAAUAUAAGGCUUCGUUUUGCAUGCUGGCCUGCUCUUCAAUCAGGAAAUGAUUCAAGACCGAUAUUCCUGCCUAUGGAGUGUUGCAUGAUUAUUGAGGGGCAGAGGUACUCAAAGAAGUUGAAUGAAAAGCAGGUGACAGCCCUGAUGAGAGAGGCCUGCAGGCGCCCUGUUGAGAGAGAAAGUAGUAUUGAGAAGAUGCUUGUUGCUCAAUUAAAUGACGUUGCACAAGACGAACUAACCAAAGAAUUUGGAGUCAGUGUCAAAAAGGAACUGACUUGCAUCAAUGCCCGAGUCUUGCCACCUCCAGUGCUCAAGUACCAUGAUUUGGGAAAAGAUAGAACUAUAAGACCCCGAGUGGGGCAGUGGAACAUGAUUAAUGCUAAAUUGUUCGAAGGGGCGACAGUGAACUUUUGGAUGUUUCUCAACUUCUCAAAUCUUGGUGAACCAAUGGCUGCUAGCUUCUGUCGAGCCCUGGACAUAAAUCCUGCACCUGUAUUCCCACUAAGGUCUAGCCAUCCUAACCAGCUCGAGAAAACAUUGGCCGAAGUUCACAGCAUAUUGGAAGUUAUGGUAAUGGUCCUAACACUCAUCAGAAUUGAUGAAGAUGACUCAGUUUCUACUGACCACGCACUUAUACUUCCAUGCUUUAUAGGCACGAUAAAAAGAGUUUGCGAAACUGAACUCGGGAUAGUUUCUCAAUGCUGUCAGCCCAAGCAAGCAAGAAAGUGUAGUCCUCAAUACUUGGAAAAUGUUGCACUGAAAAUUAAUGUGAAGGCUGGAGGGAAGAACACAGUAUUAGAGGAUGCCCUUAAUAGGAGAAUACCUCUUCUAAGUGACACCCCAACUAUAAUCUUUGGUGCUGAUGUAACCCAUCCACAACCAGGGGAGGAUUCUAGCCCUUCAAUAGCUGCCAUUGUGGCAUCAAUGGACUGGCCAGCAGUAACCACCUACAGGGGCCUGGUAUCCGCUCAGCAACAUCGGCAAGAGAUUAUUCAAGAUAGUGCUGGAAUGAUCAGGGAACUUAUGAUUGCUUUCAGAAGAACAACUAAUCAGAAACCUAGCAGAAUAAUUUUCUAUAGGGAUGGUGUUAGUGACGGCCAGUUCAGCCAAGUUCUUCUCUAUGAGAUGGAUGCUAUACGAAAGGCUUGUGCAUCACUGGAACCGAACUAUCUGCCACCAGUUACUUUUAUUGUAGUGCAGAAGAGACAUCAUACACGACUCUUUGCUACAAAUCCUAACCAAACAGACAAGAGUGGAAACAUCCUUCCUGGAACGGUUGUCGAUACAAAGAUAUGCCAUCCUUCAGAGCACGACUUCUAUCUCUGCAGCCAUGCGGGAAUUCAGGGGACUAGCAGGCCGGUUCAUUAUCAUGUGCUGUGUGACAUGAACAAAUUCACUGCUGAUCGGCUGCAGAUGUUGACUAACAACCUGUGCUACACGUACGCAAGGUGUACCCGCUCUGUCUCUGUGGUUCCUCCUGCAUACUACGCACACUUGGCAGCAUUCAGGGCCAGAUACUACAUAGAGGGGGACAUUUCAUCAGACGGUGGUUGUGGCACAGGACCUGCUGUGAGAAAGGAAGCUACCCCUGUCCGGCCACUUCCAGCCAUCAGCCCCAAUGUGAAGAAUGUUAUGUUCUACUGUUGA